AGAUUAGUGCUGUUGUUAUUGUAUCGUUAAUCUUGUAUGCUGACCGAGACUGGUAAAUACGUGGCUUUCGGUGACAUCCAGGUCCAUGAGGUUUUGAAGGAUGCUAUUGAGAAGAAUAUCCUUCCGGGUACGGGUGUGAGUGCGGUUGAAUUCUGGUCGCAUCUAGAGAAACUAUUGGCUGAGUUCUCGGAUGAAAAUGCCGCUUUGUUGGCUCAUCGAGAUGAGCUGCAAGCGGCGAUAGACGAGUGGUAUGAAGGUGGUUGCAAGGAAGACCAAGAGGGCUUUCUCAAGAGAAUAGGGUAUCUGGUUGAGCCUCCCACAACCAAGACCACUAUUUGUGUCACCAACGUUGAUCCGGAGAUGUCCCUGUUGGCUGGUCCACAACUCGUCGUUCCGGUCGACAAUGCUAGAUACGCCCUCAAUGCAGCUAAUGCCAGGUGGGGUUCUCUCUUUGAUGCUGUUUACGGCUUUGAUGUGAUUCCUGGCCGUCCCGGUCCUGGAGGCUACGACCCUUCGCGAGGCCUCGCAGUGCUUGAAUUCGCCUUCAAGCAGCUGGAUGGCGUACUACCUCUGGUUGAUGCCCAGUGGGCUGAGUUAGCAUCUAUUUGGGUCGAUCAUCGGAGUCAGCUUGUGGCUAGCACGACAACGGGGAAGUCUACUGGACUGAAGUCGCCUUCGGCUUUUGUUGGGUAUAGGGGUAAUGCCAACAAGGGUGAUCUUGUAUUUGUUCAUAAUGGACUUCAUAUAAUCAUCAAGAUCCACAAGGAAUCACAGGUUGGCAAGCAGAAUAGUAUGGGCUUGUCCGAUGUGGUCCUCGAGUCGGCCCUCACUGCUAUCAUGGACUGUGAGGACUCGGUAGCGGCCGUUGAUGCGGAGGACAAGUCCCGAGUUUACUCGAACUGGGCCGGCCUUAUGCGUGGUGAUCUGGAGACGAGUUUCAAGAAAGGCGGCAAGUCGGUAACUCGCCGACUCAACUCGGACCUUACCUUUAGGAUGGCUGGAGGAAAGGGGAUCGUUACUCUCCCUGGUAGAGUAGUGGCUUUGGUGAGGAAUGUGGGUAUUCAUAUGAGAACUGACGCAGUGUUGUAUCGCGGUGAUGAGGCCUUCGAGGGCUUGGUGGAUGCGCUGGUCACUGCCACAGCUGGACUGCUCGAUCUUCGACAGGUCGGCCGCAACAGUUGUACUGGCUCUAUCUAUCUUGUGAAGCCCAAGCUGCAUGGUCCGGAAGAGGUGGCUUAUGCUUGUCGGGUAUUCGAUCGUGUUGAGGAGAUGCUGGGCCUUGGGCCGAAGACUAUCAAGAUUGGGGUGAUGGACGAGGAGAGAAGGACAAGUGCCAAUCUCCAAUCGUGUAUCCAUGUUGCUCGCGAACGCGUGGUCUUCAUUAACACGGGCUUUCUGGACCGUACGGGUGAUGAAAUCCAUACUUGUAUGCAUUCCAAGUUACCAGUUGCUCCGAAGGGUGCGAUCAAGAAAGCUGCGUGGAUUCAAGCGUAUGAGAAGCUCAACGUUAUAGAGGGCCUGUCGGCAGGCAUGGGCAUGCGUGCUCAGAUUGGUAAGGGCAUGUGGGCCGAGCCCGACUCUAUGAAGGCGAUGCUUGAUCAGAAGAUUGGCCACCCUCUGUCUGGGGCCUCGACCGCUUGGAUUCCCUCACCUACCGCUGCUACUCUCCAUGCUCUGCAUUAUCACAUGGUUGACGUCUCUGCGAUCCAGAAGACUAUCUCUGUUGAUCCAUCGGCAGUCUUGAAGCUUCGCGAGCAGCUAUUGCAACCUCCUUUCGAUGAUACUGUGUUCACGUUGCCCAAAGGAGAUAUUCAGCGCGAACUGGACAACAACGCUCAGGGGAUCCUGGGUUAUGUGGUUCGUUGGGUUGACCUCGGUGUGGGCUGCAGCAAAGUUCCCGACAUCAACAACGUCGGCCUUAUGGAAGACCGAGCUACUCUUCGGAUAUCAUCCCAACACAUAGCUAACUGGCUUUUCCAUGGCAUAGUCAGCAAAGCGCAGGUAAAGGAGUCUCUCAUGAAGAUGAGUGCAGUCGUAGACGACCAGAAUAAGGGCGAUCCUCAGUAUACCGCUAUGAAAGGUGGCGGCGUUGCCUUUGAAGCAGCUAUGGAUUUGGUAUUCGAAGGAACCAAAUCGCCUAAUGGUUAUACCGAGGACAUUCUGACUAAAGCUAGGAGAGCUAUUAAAACGGAGAAGAAUAAGCAGUCGAGGUUGUGAAUUUUUAAUACAUUCUGAUUGGAUAAAGUAGUCAUGUUAUGAAGUUGAUUUGUCUUAGCAAUCGUUCCAGAACUUCCGCACGAUGUAAGGUGGAAGUGUGUAGUACUCCAGUCUCAUGAU